GUACAGGAAACUUCGAGAGAGUAUUUUCCGGGCUCGUAUCUAAACCAGAGUAUAAACACGUACCUGUAUCUGAAGAUAGAUAGUUGUAAAUCAUGUUCCGAACAACGGCGGAGCGGUUAUUUCCGGCGUUGCUCCGCUGCAACAAUCAGCUAAAAUUCUCUUCCUGUCCUACUGUUGCACGGUUCCAAACGCCGCGUUUUUUCAGCUCCGUUGCAUCUGAGACAAUUCCGAGUCGAAACUCUGCUUUUUCAGACCCCGCAUCAUCCACUACUGCGUCAUCAGGGGAGAGCCAAGAUGAGAAAUAUCGCCGCUACGAGGAGGAGAAGACGGAUCCGGGAACGCCUAAAACGAGGCAUAGGGCUCAAUACCAGGACGAGCAGUUCCGUGUUCUAAGCGCCUCCCUGCCUCAUGUGAUUAAACUGGGAUGGACUGAAGCAGCCAUGAUUGCAGGUGCAAGGGAGGCUGGGUUGUCUCCUUCAAUCCUUGGAUCUUUUCAUAGGAAAGAAGCUGCUCUAGUGGAGUUUUUUAUGGACGAGUGUUUGGAAAGGCUAAUUGAAGUUAUUGAAUCAAGAACGGAUUUGAAAACCAUGAUACCUAGUGAGCGUGUUGCAACUAUUGUAAGACUUCGGUUAGAAUUGCAGUCCCCUUACAUUUCAAAAUGGGCUCAAGCACUCAGUAUACAGGCACAUCCAAUGAACGUUCCGACAAGCUUCAAGCAAAGAGCAAUGUUGGUUGAUGAGAUUUGGCAUGCUGCUGGUGAUGAUGGAAGUGAUAUUGAUUGGUAUGUGAAGCGAACCGUGCUUGGUGGAAUAUACUCUACUACCGAGCUAUACAUGCUGACGGAUUACUCUCCAGAUUUCCAUGAUACAUGGGCAUUCUUGAAUGCUCGGAUUAAAGAUGCCUUUGAUCUAAGAAAGACUGCCCAAGAGGCAAAAUAUUUGGCCGAAGCCGUAGGUGCAGGAAUGGGUGGCUCCUUACAGGGACUAGUUAAAGGUGUUUUCACCAGUUGAAUUAGCUUUUGAAAUAAAUUUUGUUUAUGUUUUGGGAUGUGUAUAUUCUCCUGUGACUCUGUCAAUAACUAUCUUAGAUUCUUAGGGAGUAAUAAUAAAGUCAGAUAGAUGCUGUGCCUGUAAAACGUUGGUCCCAGGUGGAGACUGUUACCAACGUCUCUCUGCUUUGGAGUAGGUUUUGCUUUUUUGAUUGGUGUCUCCCUGCUUUGCUUUUUUGAUUGCUUUUUUUUUUUCGUGCAUCCUCAUCCAUGAUAUGAGAAGGUCGAGGGAUGGUGUUGGUGAUAUGGCUGAUUAUAUUUGAGUAUGAUUGAGUGAAAGAGAUUAUUAUGGAG